AUGGAGUUGCAGAACAUUGGUGAUACCAACAGGGAUGAUGCCUUCUACAGGUAUAAGAUGCCCAAAAUGAUCACGAAGAUAGAGGGUCGUGGAAAUGGAAUCAAGACAAACAUUGUCAAUAUGGUUGACAUUGCGAAAGCUUUGGCGAGGCCUCCCUCCUACACUACAAAGUAUUUUGGCACUGAACUUGGAGCCCAGUCAAAGUUUGACGAGAAAACUGGAACUUCACUUGUGAAUGGUUCUCAUGACACUGCUAAACUGGCUGCCCUUCUUGAAGUAUUCAUCAAGAAGUAUGUCCAGUGCUAUGGGUGCAGAAACCCUGAGACGGAGAUUUUAAUCACCAAAAAUCAGAUGAUACAGCUGAAAUGUGCUGCUUGUGGGCAUGUCUCUGAUGUGGACAUGAAGGAUAAACUCACUACCUUCAUCCUGAAGAAUCCACCUGAAGCCAAAAAGGGGUCAAAGGACAAGAAGGCAAUGAGGAGGGCUGAAAAGGAGCGUAUGAAGGAAGGGGAGGCUGCUGAUGAGGAGCAGAAAAAGCUGAAGAAAGAUGCAAAGAAGAAGAUUUCGUCCAAGGAUGGUUCUGGGAAGACCAGUUCAAAAAAGAAAGCAGGUGGCUCUGAUGAGGAUCAUGGUUCACCACCUAGAGGCCGUGCAGCCGAGAAAGACGAUGACGACGAUGACGAUGAUGAUGUUCAGUGGCAAACAGACACAUCAUUGGAGGCUGCCAAGCUUCGCAUCCAGGAACAAUUGAAUACAGUAACUGCUGACAUGGUAAUGCUUACAACUGAUGACGAAGAGCGCAAGUCUAAUGCAGCUCAUAAAGCUCAUGGAAGUCCUAAAGCUACUUCACCUCCACCAGAAGGUAAUGGAGCUGCAGAGAAUGGUGUUAAUGCCUAUGAUAAGAUUCUUCAGGAUGUCAAAGCAGUUGUGAAGAAAGGAGUUACUGCAAAUCAGUUGAAGUCCUCGUUAUCAUCGGUAUCUGGUUCUGCCCAGGAUGUAAUGACUGCUCUUUUUGAGGCACUUCUUGAGGGUGUCGAGAAAGGGUUCUCAAAAGAGGUUCUGAAGAAGAAAAACUUCUUUGCUGCUGCUGUUGCUGAGGAUGAAAAUGCACAGUUGCUCUUGCUCCAUGCAAUGGAGCAGUUUUUUAUGAAAUCAAACUCUGCUGCUGUAAAGGAAGUUGCUCUUGUUCUCAAAGCCUUGUAUGAUGCAGAAGUCUUGGAGGAAGAGUACAUUGUGAAGUGGUACGAGGAAGGUCUGGCUGGUGGGAACAAAGAAUCGGCUAUUUGGAAGAACUGCAAACCCUUCAUCGAAUGGCUCCAGAAUGCUGAGUCCGAGAGUGAAGACGAGUGA